AUUGGAGCAGGUCGGAACGGAGGAGAGGUCGUGAGCGAGCGGAUCACAUUACGCAUAUCACAUCCGUACUCCGUACUAUCCGCAGUGCACUGUGCAUCGGUGAUCGGUGAAGCUGAAACGAGUGAAGGCGAUAUUACGUACAUAAUACGCGAACGCUGGCGGUGAACGAUAUCGCGACUAUCCUUGUCGUCGUGGUCGUCAUCAUCAUCAAGAGUGCGUCUAGCAGCUGGCCUAGCCCGGUUUCGCGACGGAGAUGAUCGUCGCUCGCAAUAAUCGUGACGGAGCGAACGUGACGACGUGCCGGAAACUCACCGUCUCGGCGGGGAUGUGAGCGAGAGGAACGCGCUCGUGAGAGCGCCGCGCGGCGUCGUCGUCGUUGACGACCAGCAACCACGACGACCUGGCCGGCUAAUCGAAGGGAUAAGAGACGCGCGCGCGGCAGUGUUGUUAUCAUUGUCGCUGAACGCGGUAUAUACGAGCGACUCACGUCCCAGGGGGAGCACGAUGGCGGAUUUCGAUGCAAUCUACGAGGAGGAGGAGGAACAUGAACAGCAUUUAGAGGGUCACUACGUCGCGAUGGUGCCGGACCCGAUCGUGAUUCGUGGGGCUGGCAACAUGACAGUAUUCGGUCUCAGUAACCGUUUUGAAUCGGAGUUUCCCAACGGCCUCAUGUCUCGCGUAGCUCCAGAAGAGUUCAAGGCGACUGUUAUGAGAGUGAACAGUGUAUUGAAAAAGACUUUACCUGUUAAUGUUAAGUGGUUAUUCUGCGGUUGUGUAUGCUGUUGCUGUACUCUAGGAUGUUCUCUGUGGCCUGUUAUUUGCUUGAGCAAGAGGACUCAGCAUUCGUUAAACAAAUUGUUAGAAUGGGAGAAUAGUAGGCUCUACCACAAACUCGGUUUACAUUGGAGACUGGCAAAACAAAGAUGCGACAGCUCCUCCAUGAUGGAAUAUGUUCUUUUGAUUGAAUUUAUUCCAAAGAUUCCAAUCUAUAGGCCCGACUAAACAAUGGGCAAUCGUGCAAUUAAUAAUAUGUACAAUGCAGAUAAUCAGCAAUGUGCAAUGUGCAACUGACAUGCAGAGAAAUACAGAGAAGAUAAAGUGCCGCUACGAUAUAGGUACUUUUCUAGUACUUAUGUAAUGCAUAUUUUUGUAAAUAUUCUGGGUAGGAAUGCACAGUACAAUAAUUCGACGUAACAGAGAAUAGAUCACGUUUUGAUCAUAGAAAGAAAAAGGCAAUUGUUAAUUCUUUACAAUUAAUUUAAACUAAAAAAAUAUUGCAAACUGAAUGAUUAUUUUCUCAGAGAUAUUCAUUAUAUACGUUUGGAAUAGAUCAUAAAUCAGUUUCCAUAUUUUUAAAUUUUUUGCGCUGAAAACUACUCGACAGCUUUAUUUAUUAGUGUAUACAGUAAUUGCAAGAAUAAUCUCAUCGUUUUUUAUCCGAGUUCCUUGUAACAUUUGGUUAAUCUGUACUCGUCAACUAGAAUUUAAGCCUUCAGGUAAGAAAUUAAUCUGAUUCAGUACAACGAAUUUAUUAAAGUACAGAUAACGUCAAAAUGAGUCACGCUAAUCAAUCUGUCUAAUCGUGUAUAAUGUUACAUGCACACUCAUGUACAUACAUACGUGUACAUACAUAGAAACUUAUUUUAACUAUAGGUUAAUUUCUUACCACCGUGAUAUUAGAAAGUAUGAAAUGUAAAGCGCAACUUUACUUUCUGAUACAAAUUUCUCAAAAUAUUUUAACACGAAUAAAUCAUCCGAAAUGAAGAAGCAUACGUUGCGAUUAAAAGAUAUCGAUAUAGAUUUUAGAAGAAAUAGAUAGCAAUCGCUGAUAAAUGUAAAAUAUAUACCGAUGAGAUGAAAUUUUAAUUGCAAAACGCAUCAGUUUAUAAUAGGGCAAACAGUACGGAAACUGUAGAAUAGCAUCAGCGUAAUUAUUGGGCACAGAAGAACAUAAGAAAAUAUUGUAGAAAACUGCCAUGAACGAGCUCAUUAAUUCUUGCUUUUUAAUGAAAAAAAUCAACGUUAUCACUUUUUAUGCAUAUGCUGUCGCAUAAUUUUAUGUGUCCAAUCGCAUGACUUUUAGAAGGAAUGAUCGACACUUAGCGCAUGGACAUUUCUGUCACAUAUCUGUUUUCCUUUUAAGCUAAUGUUAAACUAGUCUUAAGAAGAAUGAUGAAAUUGUUUAUUAAUAAAUUUUAAUUUUAUGGAUAAUAAUACAUUUUAAUUUACUUAAGUGGCACACUGCUAUCACAGUACUGUUUACUCUAUUCUUGUUAAUAUAUAUACGUAAUAUACUGUUUCUCAGAUAAAAACAGGGAUAGGAUUACCAAAAUAUCAGAACAACGUCUCCCAUGUAAAGGAACUUUGUUGUGUAGGCACUAUUUUACAUUGCAGUUUAAUAUGGUUCCGCACAGAUAUUUCUCUACUAACAACUUGUCUAAUAUGUGAUAAUGCGGCUGUUAUCAGCUCCGCAUUACUUUCGCACUGAAGAAAAAAAAAAUUAAGCAAAUUUACUCAUUAUCAGGCGCCCAAAACAUAAAAUGAUUGUAGAAAAAUAUGCAAAAACAUGUGAAAAUACUGUAAGUGUUUCUGUUGCUGUUCAGUGGCUG